UGCCCGUGUUCAAAAGCUUCUUGAAAGAGUUGCAGGAUCCGACUUGGAAAGUUGUUCUUUGGCUCUUUGCCAUUUUCACUGGAACAUUUCUCGCCUCCUCCUGCUCGCUUGUGAAAUUUAUCAAGAUGAACAAAUAUCUUCUUCUCGGUUUUUCGGUUCUGAUUUUCUGCACAGUUGGUCAAGGUCUAAUAUGCAAUGUUUGCAACUUUAAAGUCGGCAGUGUUUGUCUUAGUUCUGAUGAUCCCUGUCGAACGAGGGAAGGCCAGCAGUGUGAGACGACCAGAGUUUAUAAAGGCAGUCUAAAGCUUUUCACGAAACAUGACUGCAGCAAACUGACUGAACUCUGCAACAAGACCGAGCAAAGGGAUGAUGUUUUUGACUUGAAUUACAAUCGCACUUGCUGUACUUUUGACUUAUGCAAUGGGGGAACGGUCAGCCAACCCAGCCUCACCCUCUUUACUGGCCUCAGCUUGGCACUUGGUUGGUGGCUUACACGUUAACUUAUAAAUAAAAUCAAAACAACAAUGACGACAACAAUAGUGGAAGGCUAUGCUCUUCUCAUCCUGAAGCAACCCUUAGGAACCCAAGACCCCAGUCUCUCACACGCCCGGUUCACCUCUCAUGCCUAAAGAGAUGAAUUAAAAAAAAAAACCAGCAAUUGCAUUCCCUCACCAUCUUAAUGUAGAUUCUACCGUUAUCAGGAAAAUGUUGUGUGGUGCAUUUUCUUGUUCAUUAGUGAUUUAAGAUAUGGCGUAAAAUUAGCCAAGUGAAAUGUGUUAAGCCCGUGAUGGUGAAUCUAUGGCACACGGGCCAGAAGUGGCAUGCGGGGCCAUGUCGCCUCGCACGCGUGGCAUUGCCCGUUCCACUUUUGGGUUUCUGGUGUGCAUGCACGCACGAUGAUCAGCUGGCUUUCUUGCAUGCGGCAGUGCCAGAAACUGGAAGAGCUGGUCUUCCAUUUUCUGGCAUGAGCAUCCGUGCCGGCCAGCUGAUCGUCACACGUGAAUGUGUGCCAGGAACCUGGAAGAGUAGCUGGCCAGCGUGCCAGAGGUGGGUUUCAGCAGGUUCUGACCAGUUCUGGAGAACCGGUAGCGGAAAUUUUGAGUAGUUUGGAGAACUGGUAGUAAAAAUUCUGACUGGCCCCACCCCCAUCUAGUCUCUGCCUCCCAAGUCCCAGCUGAUCGGGAGAAAGUGGGGAUUUUGCAGUAUACUUCCCCUGGAAGUGGGGAGGAAAUUGAGAUUUUACAAUAUCCUUCCCCUGCCACGCCCACCAAGCCACGCCCACAAAACCAUGCCACACCCACAAAGCCACACCCACAGAACCAGUAGUAAAAAAUUUAAAACCCACCACUACAGCAUGCAUAUGAGCACCAGAAACCAUAAGUUCAUUUUAGGGCAUGCACAUACACUCUGGGCAGCUCCUCUUCCAGGUUGCGGUCCAGACGAGCGGUCACUCCCUUUUCGGCACUCAAUGCCAAAAAGAUUUGCCAAUAUUUGUUAAGCAAACCCAUGUGUGCAACAGAGUUUCCCUCCCUCCAGUAAUCUUUCAGUAAGGCGUCCGGGACCUGACUUAACUCAGGUGCUCUGAAUGAUGGCUUAUCAAGCAGACAUUCUCCUUGUUGGUAUGUUUUUGUUGUUUGGUAUCUGUAUGAGAAGACUUCAGAUAGACAUGAAAUUGUUUAUGUUUUAAUGAAAAAAAUGUAUCAAUAAAACAUAUAUUCAAAAGGGGAAAAAAAAGAGAAGACUUGACCAACCCUAAGCAGAUCAUAACACCAUUGGCUACAUUUGUUGUCUGUCUGUUAUUUAAUAAAUGUUUGGUUUGGUAAGCUGGAAGUACCCACAGCCUUGACUAGUAUCAAUAAAAAUGAGUGUUUCAUA